AUGGAGAAUUUUGUUGAUGAUGAAGUUCUUCACACUUAUUAUCAAUGCCUGAGGAGUAGAGGGGAAGUUAAGGUGAAAAACUAUGCCCCUGAUAAAUGGUUUUGCAGUAAUAGGUUUGAACAUAUAUUUACUUGCCUCCAUAAGCUUUCAAGAACGCCCAUAUCACUAGGUGGGGAUAAUUUAACCUGGAGAUUAUUGAAGAAUGGUAAGGUCUUAAAGGAGAAUCAGAGGAAGUUGAAUGAGGCAAUUGAUGUUAUGCAUGAGUGUUUUGAGCCAGCUGUGGAUCCUCUGACUGGAAGAGAUCUUGCUCUAGAUGUUAUAUUAAAUAGCAAAUCUAAAACGAAGGACAAGAACUUUCAAGGAUUCUACACAUUUGUUCUGGAGAAGAAAGGAGAAAUUGUUUCUGUGGCAACUGUAGAGUGUUUGAAGAGGUUGCUGAGAUGCCAUUAG